AGGUGAUUGAUCAACAAUGCCCAUGUACAGUAACUGGCAUGUGCGCUUGGAAGUUUUCGACCUAAAACCAUCAAGCUAUAUCGUUUCGUUUGACCAUAUACAUUGUGAUUAGGACAGCAUGGUGCACCUACGUGUGGCCCUGUUUCUCAUGUUAACAUCUUAUAAGGUUGGAGGUCAAGAACCAAUUAGAAUUGAUUCCUAUGACUCCCUGAUGGCAUACCUCAUCAAUGGAGCAGAUGUGAGAUAUUUCUUCAACACUUCAAUCUGUGGCCCGUCCACAUUUACAUCUGAACCGGAAACUCCUGUGUUUGGUGGUGAAGUCAAGAUGUUUGUGGCCGCUCACAAUACAGAGGAGAAGCAGGGACAAAUGACGUUCAGCCAAGUCCAAUACAUUGACGAAAAUAGAAAAGACUUGAAUGAAGAAAUACAUGCGAUGUGGAUUGUAAAAGAAUGGGCUUUGGUAUCUUGGGGGAAACCCGGUUUCUUUAUGAAUAAUACUGAUGAUCUCGAUGUCACGGAGUGUAAUUGGACAAAGGGAGAGGGAAGCAUAUGGGUAAAGCCACAUAAGGAACAAAAGCGACUCGAGUCAUUCAAGGAAAUUCAGACCCUGUUGACUUCCGGUGAGGAGGUUCGUUGGGCGGUGAAUAUGAGCGGAUGUAAAUGUCCACCAGAUCCUGACGACUGUGGUGAUGGCUCCCUUGGAAAUACUAUCAAAGAUUUCAACAUUAUGAAGGAUGGUUCCAUAAGUUUCUCUUCAUCGAUGAUAAUUCUCCUUCCAUUUUCUUGGCAAUACGAACGACUUGUUGCUUACGGACAAAUUUACCAAAACAAUACGGCAAAUUUCAUGAUUUCCUAUCUAGAUCCCACAGCAUGGAACGAUGGAGAAAAUGGGCUUACUUUAUGUCCAAUCACUUCAGAUUCUUCUAAUUCAGGAGGAGCUAAUUUCUAUACUACUGGCAAAUAAAAAUGUGAACACGGAAACUAAA